UGGAAUAUAAUCUCUGAGAGUGUGAUUUCUCUGAGCAGAAAUCCAUCGAAUUAUCAGAGAUUUAGACAGACUACUGCUGUGGCUGUCUAAAUGGGAUAGAAGAACUCACUGCGCUUGUGUUUGUUUACAAUCCUAGUAAAACUUUGUUCACUCACUUAGCUAAAUAUUCGGGCGCUCUCGUAUGAGUAGUGGCCAAAUCACGGAUUAAUCAUUUGCCUCACUUUAAAAAAUCAGUUACUUAGCUACUGAACUGAGAACGGAAGUUUGGAGGAAAGACCUUGCCUGACUGUUCCUGACCCGACCUAGACUUGCUCAUGACAAGUUUUUGCUGCUUCCCUGACCGUGGCGACUAUGCUGCUCGCUGCUUAAUCCCGUAGUUGCCUUUGUAUGACCUAGGAGUCUUCAGACGAGAAAUACUUUAAGCCUAGGGUGUUUUUCUUUAUGAAGCUAGAACACUUUUGUUUAAAAGCAGGCAGUUCUACCUGAUGAGGAAGUAUUUUUCUGAAGCCCAAGGAGCUGGGAGAUUCGUGGAAGACUUCCGCUUGGCGCUCAUUCAGCUUCACGUAUCUGCUGUCAAAUCAGAUAACCUGCAACAAGCCUGCAGACUGGUGAAAGAAGCAUCAGCAAAAGGCGCAAAAGUUGUGGCUCUACCUGAAUGUUUUAACUCUCCUUAUGGAACCCAGUACUUCAAAGAAUACGCAGAGAAGAUUCCUGGAGAGUCGACACACAAACUCUCAGAAGCUGCCAAGGAGUGUAGCAUUUAUCUUGUUGGAGGCUCCCUUCCAGAAGAGGAUGGUGGAAAGCUGUAUAAUACGUGUACUGUCUUUGGGCCUGAUGGUGUGAUGCUGGCUAAGCAUAGGAAGCUUCAUUUGUUUGACAUAAAUGUUCCUGGGAAGAUCCAGUUCAAAGAGUCUGAGACUCUGAGUCCAGGGAGUGCUUUCUCUGUGUUUGAUACUCCAUACUGUAAAGUGGGCCUGGGCAUCUGCUAUGAUAUCAGAUUUGCUGAGCUGGCUCAAGUCUAUGGACAGAAAGGUUGCCAGCUGUUGAUAUAUCCAGGGGCUUUUAAUCUAACAACAGGACCAGCUCACUGGGAACUACUGCAAAGGGGACGAGCUGUUGAUAAUCAAGUCUAUGUAGCUACUGCAUCUCCUGCUAGAGAUGAAAAAGCAUCCUACGUUGCUUGGGGACACAGCACUGUAGUAAAUCCGUGGGGUGAAGUCAUAGCCAAAGCUGGCACCGAGGAAACAGUUCUGUACGCAGAUAUAGAUCUGAAGAAGCUUGCAGAAAUCCGUCAACAAAUCCCUAUUUUGAGCCAGAAGCGUAAUGAUCUCUAUGGCAUAGAGAUGAAAAAAUGAAGCUGCGUGAAUGCAGAAGGCUCAGGUGGCAUCAUGGCUGCUGCCUUCAUCUUUAGGAUUCCUUUGCUUGGUAGCUCCAGAGGCUACUGCUAAAUGGAUAGUUAAUAAAAAAUAAAUAAACAACA